AUGGUAACAUAUGCAAAUAAACUUUGUCUUGCUCCUAUGGUGCGCAGUGGGGAGUUACCAAUGAGGUUAAUGGCUCUCAAAUAUGGGGCUGACCUCGUGUGGUCACCUGAGAUCAUUGAUAAAAAAAUCAUGUCUUGCAUCCGUGUGGAGAAUAAAGAUCUCGGUGCCAUUGACUUUUUCGAGCUGGGAAAAGACAACCUGCGUAACUCGUUAGUAUUCCGUACAAAAAGAAGUCUUGAAAAGGGAAAAUUGAUUUUUCAGCUUGGCUCCGCUGACCCACAACUAGCGGUGGCUGGAGCGGAGAAAGUGAUAAAAGAUGUCGAUGGUAUAGAUUUGAACUGUGGAUGCCCAAAACCGUUUUCGACACACUCAGGUAUGGGAGCAGCUCUUUUGUCAACACCAGAUCUUUUGGUGCUGAUCCUACUGAACUUGGUGAAGGAAAUAGGUCAUCCAAAUGGGAAACCUAUCAGUGCAAAAAUCAGACUUCUAAAUUCUUCCGACGCGCAGCCAACAUUGGAUUUGGUUGAAAGAAUUUGCAAGACGGGAAUAUCAAAUUUGACUGUUCACUGCAGAACUAGGGAAAUGAGAAACCGGGAUGCGCCCAUCAGAAACUUUGUGAAUGAGAUUCAUGAAGUGACCAAGAAGCAUAAUGUCUCUUUAAUAAUUAAUGGCGCCUUUAGGUGCAAACUGGAAUUCAAACAAUUUCAAAAGUUCAUGGGAAACUAUGAAAUUGGGGGCAUGAUGGCAGAGGCAGCCGAGUCAAAUCCAACCGUGUUCUGUGACCGUCCAUUACCAUGGAGAGACGUUAUUCCUGAGUUUAUCCAAUUUUGCAUCUCCUGUGACAACCACCCAAGCAACACAAAAUACAUCUUGCUUAACCAGCUACCGGGAAAAUCGAGACUUUACCAAGCGUUCUGCAAAAUCAAGAAAAACGACGAGUUUUUGAAGCUUGCAAACACUAUUGGCGAGGAGGGAGACAAAGUCUUUAUCCGUAUCCGGCAAAAGGAUAAGCAAUACACGGCGGAAGAACUCGUGUUUGGGCAAGAAGAGACUAAUCCAUUGAAGCGGGCUGCAGAAAAUGGUGCUACCGAAGCCCUGGAGAAAAAGCAGCGCACAGUAUGUGCUUGA